AUGACCAAGGAUAACUUGACAACUGAAUUUAUCCUCAUAGGAUUUACGGAUCACCCAGAGCUGAAGACCUUUUUGUUUUUAAUAUUCCUUACCAUCUAUCUAAUCACUAUGGUGGGGAAUCUUGGCCUAGUGGUACUGAUUCUAAUUGAGCGUCAUCUUCACACGCCAAUGUACAUCUUUCUGGGCAACCUUGCUCUAAUGGAUUCCUGUUGCUCCUGUGCCAUUACCCCCAAGAUGUUAGAGAAUUUCUUUUCUAGAGACAGACUGAUAACCCUGUAUGAAUGCAUGGCACAAUUUUAUUUUCUCUGCCUUGCCGAAACUGCAGACUGCUUUCUCCUUGCUGCAAUGGCCUAUGAUCGCUAUGUAGCCAUCUGUAGCCCACUGCAUUAUCAUACAAAAAUGACAAAGAAGCUCUGUAUUCAAAUGACCACAGGGGCCUAUAUUGCUGGUCAUGUGCAUCCCUUAAUUCAUGUAGCGUUUCUAUUUAGGUUAACUUUCUGUAAGUCUAAUCAAAUUUAUCACUUUUUUUGUGAUGUUCUUCCAUUAUACAGACUCUCUUGUACUGACCCUUACAUUAAUGAACUAAUGAUAUUUAUCUUUUCAGGGUUUGUUCAAACAUUCACUAUUACAAUAGUAGUGAUAUCUUACCUCUGCAUCCUUUUUACUAUUUUCAGAAUGAAAUCCAAACAAGGAAAAGGCAAAGCCUUAUCCACUUGUGCUUCCCAUUUUGUCUCUGUCUCAAUGUUCUAUGGUUCUCUUUUAUCUAUGUACAUUCGCCCAAGUUCACUUACAAAUGGGGAUAACGAUAUACCCAUAGCAAUUUUUUAUACCCUAAUAAUUCCUUUAUUGAAUCCUUUUAUUUAUAGCCUAAGAAAUAAGGAAGUAAUAAAUGCUAUUAAAAAAUACAUGAAGAAAAUGUCUUAA